UUCUCUUGAGGUUAGAAAUGUAGGGCCAAGAAGAUAGAUUAGCUGGUUCCAGGCACAUUCUGGACAUGUAUAGAUGUGCACUGCAGUGGAACCUAGAAAGUCUGUUUGGCAGAAUGCAAACUGGCACGUGGAAUAAAAAACCUGUCUCCUUUAAUCGUCCAUGGCAAGAGCUUAGUUGUCAGUUGCUCUGCGUGUGCGUGAGUGGACAGACCUGAUUCUGCACAAGAACAGUAUGUCACUAAUGUAGCGUUGAGCACAGACCAUAGGUGGGCCAUAGGACAGGCCUGCCCAGAUGUGCAGCAGAAUUACAGGGAGUAAGAUCAACAGUCUGACCUCUAUGAGUGAAGUGAAGUAAUUGUGUUCACAUGUUCAAUAUGAAUCACAUUUGGGUUCUGCAACUCUUUCUAUCAUCCAAAUCGUGAACCCUGGAGAUUUGGGCUAACCACAGAGCCCCUAUUCCAUGUUCAUCACAAAUUCCUUCAUCUAAUAAUAAAGUUUAGCCCUUUAUGUAAAUAUUUCUAGUAUCUGACACCAAAUACAGUUUGUAAGAUUUUCAGUGUUGUUCAUAGCGUACACCGCUCUUUUACUUUACCAGAAUCAGCAGCAUAUAGUACUUUUCACUUCUCUCUAAACUUUGUUCAAAAGCUAAAUUAUUUUUAUUUGCGGUCGUUAACAUAUAUCUACUUUGCCUCACCUUUCAUGUCUUUUUAAGGAUCGGGCAUGUGAAAUGCUAUUGCCCUACUGUUUCACAUUACAUUUACUGAGACUUCUUUUUAUUUACUCAUUUUCUACUAGAUUGCAAAAUAUCAAGAGACAAUAUGAGCUGUCUGGAUGACGUGCCUUUUAAAAUGUCCAAGAGCUUUGAAGAUGACUCUGCGGAAGGCACCAACUUAAUCAGUUUAGCUGACUUUGAUAUUCCUGACUGCACUGAGAUCCUAGUGGGCACAAUGCAUGAUUUCUCAUUAGAAAGAAAGGUGCUUUACUGGAUUGAGGCUGCUUCUGGGCAAGAAACUCACUGGUAUGAAGUUACUACUGAUGUUGUGCCAACAGCUCCACCUUGCUGGCUGCUUUUGGUUGAUCCUAAAGAAAACGAUGUCAUCAAUACACAGAACGAGGAGACAACUGGUGGGAAAGCAAAGGAUGGUGUGACGCCCACAACCUCUGUUCGGAGAUGUGUAAGCCUAAGUGCUGCUGAUGUGAAAUAUGGCCCUCCCCCGCCCAGAGGUGCACCAUCUGAGACGGAAAGUGAGGACUGGUACUCUGAAGAGAAUGAGUAUUCUGAGGAUGAUGAGUAUUCCUCAACUACCGGUGAAGAAAGCAACAAAGAAGAAGAAAACAUUUUGGACAACAAAUUUGUUGAAAGCGCCAGGCCUCAGCAUUCCAGAGUUCACCAGUUUAGGCCAAGGACUUCUCCGGUAUUGCUAGAUCCACCUUCCGAAAACUGCUGCCACAAGCCAGUUACCGCAAAUCUGAUCAAGCAGAGAAGAUCCAUGAUUUUAUUUAAUAAUAUGAAGAAUGAGUUGGAAGAAGCCAAAAAGAAGUUAGCUGCUUUAGUGCAUCCUUUAAAUAGAGCAUCUGUUGAAAGGAAUCUGGCUCCAAGACCGUUUUCUCUUUACCAGCGCUCUCGAAGUAGCAGAAAUCUUAGCUAUGGACCUGCCUCGGAUGUAUCCUUGAUGGGAACUUUAACCCCAACACCUCCACCUACCCCUUGCUGCAGUCCCAGGACACCUGCUGCUGCUAGAUCAAUACCUCCAAUAAGAAACCAUAAACCCACAGUUGCGUCCCUCAGCCCCUAUUCCUGCCUUCCACCCCCUUCUGCGGCUCUGCGACAUCCAAGUUCCCACAGAACUCAUCCAGAUUCAACAGCUGACCUCCUCUCGGCAUUAAGCCAAGAGGAACGUGACCUUAUUGAGCCAGUUAUAGCCUUGGGUUAUCCGAUACGCAGAGCAAUCAUCGCCCUCCAGAAGACGGGAAGACAAAGUUUAGGUCAGUUUCUCAGUUACCUUAGUGCCUGUGACAGGUUGCUGAAACAGGGCUACGAAGAGGGGCAGGUGGAAGAGGCAAUGGAAAUGUUCCAGUACUCGGAGAAGAAGGCAGCUGAAUUCCUGCAUCUUUUAGUGCAAUUUAAGGAUAUGGGUUUCCAGCAAGCUGAAAUCAAAGAGGUUCUUCUGCUUUAUGAGAAUCAUAGAGAUAAGGCACUAGAAGAGCUGAUGACACGAACACAGUGACCAAAUCUCUGUAAGAUGAAAAAUGGCUUAUGCAAGACCUAUGCCCUGCAUGUACAGGAAUUUUCAUGAAAUUUGGAAGAGAACUGAAGGAAUGAUUCUGCUCUGUGUCCAACUGAAGAAAGUGUGGGGAAGCAGCACAGUUCCAGAAGGUGGGAAGCAGUGGCUCAAAUAAUCAGGUUUUGCACAGUCUUCAAGAUCUGGAAAAUUUGGAUGUAGGUUUUUUUUCUGGUGUAACUGACAUACAAAGAAUGUAACGGAUCCAAAUCACCACCUUGGGUGUCUCUCUGCCCUUUGCAACGUUACAGGGAGAGUGUUGUCACAUAGAUGAACUCAAGCAUUUGAUUUUCCUUUGAAUUAGUCAUAGAUGUAAUUGCUUGUGAGUACGGGAUAUUUUCUUUUUUUCUUAAAUGUGACUUUUCCUAUGAAAAUGCCAACUGGCACAACUUAGCAGGGGCAGUCCUUAAUUAGUUGCAAAAUAUUUACCAUUUUCCAUUGUGUCCAAUCUAUUUCAGCUGAGUUAAACAAUCUGUCCUUACGUUUCUCCCCCAUGUUCCCAUUUAUAGCUUUAAAUAUCGUUGUUUGGGAAAUGUCCCUCUGUUACUGCUUGAUAUCCGCCCAUCCUCCUUAGGUGUCACGCAGGGCUGGAACACUGGCUCUUGAAAGAGAGGUGGGUGAUCUCAUGGUUAAGGCACUAGACUUUGACAAGGGACUUGAGUUCAAUUCCCAGCUCUUCUACAGGCUUCCUGUAGGACUUGGUACAAUCUCUUAAUCGCAGUUAUGAAAUGGAGGUCUGUUUUAAAUAGACUGUAGACUCUCUCUUGUUAUGGCAUGCCAUGGACUGGGUACACGUCUCAGGAAGUCUUGAUUGUCUCGUCUAUGGCUGUGUCACAGAUCCUAAUGAGCGCCCUUGCCUGGCCACACGCUAGGAUUGCUGUGAGGGGAAUCUAAGUCUUUGUCCUCUGGCUCCCCGGGCCUGACCAGAGCCCAUCCACUGCCCCAAUCUCGAGGUCCCUGGGCACACUCUCAAGGCACAGACCUUCUAUCUGGCACCCCCUCCAAGGGUUGGAACCUGCUGAUCACCCACCUAGCUCCUCUGGGCACAGCACUGGCCCUCCAGACUCCCCGGUACUUAAACACGCGCCUCUCCCGAAGUCCACCCAAAAGGUGCGAAGCUUCUAGGUUACAGGUUAAUUCUCUCAGGGGCUCACAGUAGUUGUGAUGCAGUCAACACACAUUGCCCAGUCGAACAUGGUUAUGCUCUUAACAGAUCAAGCACAGGAGAGUACAGAUCAUACAAACCCUCCUAAAUACAGUGUCCCUCAUGGGCUUAACCUUCCCUUGGGGUCUUUGGGAAUCAUCUGUCUUCCAGCAGGCAGGCGAUGUCCUCCACCCUCAUGCCUACCCUGCCCCUGUAGCGGACUCCCUCACCAUCAUCUGGGGCAAAAUGGCUCUCUCCCCCGGUCUCCUCCGGUGAGUCCCUUUAGUCUCCCACUAGGGUCACCUGCUUUUUUUUGUUCUCCUGGUAACUUUCCAUUACUUCCAAACCCUACUCCCUUCAGACAACCGGAGGAAGUGUCUUGUCGACAGCUGCAGGAACAAAUACACCCAUUGUCCCUGUUUUGAAUAGACGAUUGCAGCUCACUCACCGUUGUCUCUGGCCAGCAGAAACAUAACACCACCCUGCUCAUUCAUGGUGGAGCCACAUACAAGUAGGCUUCCCAUGACACAGUCAUUUCAUAAAAUCGUCCCUCAUUCAGAAGUGGUACCGACAGAACCCCCAGUUCAUCACAGACUAGACGGGAAUCGCUUUGAUCCCUAAGCUUUCCAUGCUUCCCCUUUGUCUGUAUAUAACUGAAGAGAGCAAUAUGGCUGUCCUACUGGAGAGAUGCUCAAGCUACCGAUAUAUGUUGUAAAUACAAAACACUGAAACAAACCGAGACAAUCCUGAAACCUUGACUCAUAUGAGUAGUCCCAAUGAGAUCAAAGGGACUACUCCAGUGAGUAACUCUAAAUCUGCAUAUUAACACUUGGUCUCCCAAUCAGAACACAUGCUUUAAAAAAAAUUAGUUUGCCCGGUAAGUUAGUUCUCUGUGUGACAGGAAUUCUGCAUCCGUAUCUGUCACAUACAUACUUUUCCUUUCCUCACUUCCUUGCAGAAAUUUUUCACUUAGUUACACGAACAUUUAUUUUUGAACACAGUCCAUAUAAGGCAAGUCCAUUCUACAGACAGAAUUUUUCAUCCCAUUUAUUGUUGCCAAGAUGAUGUCACUUUAGAAAAAAAAAAAAGUCUUGCAAAAUGUUAACAUCUGAUUAAAGAAACAGUUUAAAAUCUAACUUCUUCUUCAGAGAAGUACACAUAAUUAAGAUGUAAGGGAAUAGAUAACUGUUGUGUGUUCCACUCCAGUGACUACAAAACAUUCUGACUGCAGUAUCUUUAGGGUAGGAAAUAACAUUUGCAGAUGGUUUUGUGCCCACUUAUGGUAGAAGGGGUCACUGUGCCUAAUGGUCUGUGGUUGAAAGUUUGUGUCGAGAUACUUUUUUGGCCUUGUAUAGCUGAUUUCCCCCCACCUGUUCUUCUUUGCACAAUUCUCCUUUCAGCCCUACACAGCUGGCAGUUCUAUGUACAGGUGGCUUAUCAUUUUUACUUUGUUGUGUGUUACUUUCACUUUAGCUUUAUGGACAGGUUGAUUUAAUCCAGGGGUAGGCAACCUAUGGCACAGCACGGGAGCUGAUUUUCAGUGGCACUCACACUGCCCGGGUCCUG